CGCCCGGCCCCGCGCCCGGCCCCGGCUCUCGGAGCCGUGCCCUCCCUCCCCGCCCCGCUCCUCCUCCACCUCCUCCUCCCGCUCCUGCUCGCUUGGGCUCCGGCUCCGGCGCCGGCUCCAGCUCCUCCCGGCCGCCCGGGGCCAGGGCGACGUGAGGUUGUAAAAAUCCAUGUGGGACGGCCCCGGGGCGAGCAUCGGAAAGGUCUCUAUUUGGAGUCAUUUUCUGGUACAGACGGUGAAAAAUAUGCAGUGAAAAUUCAGGCCAAUAGUGGAAAUACUGGCUUACCUCCCAACUUAGUAUAGCAUUCCUUCUCUUCAGUAGCACCUCAUAAUAGAAGAAAAAUGUAUGGAAGUGCAAGAACAAUCACCAAUCUGGAAGGUAGCCCUUCCAGAUCUCCUCGUUUGCCAAGGUCUCCUCGUUUGGGCCAUAGAAGAACAAGCAGUGGGGGAGGUGGAGGAACAGGCAAGACACUGUCCAUGGAGAAUAUCCAGUCCCUUAAUGCAGCUUAUGCUACGUCUGGACCCAUGUAUCUGAGUGAUCAUGAGGGGGUGGCUUCGACAACUUACCCAAAGGGCACCAUGACUCUGGGAAGGGCCACAAAUAGAGCUGUAUAUGGAGGCCGAGUCACAGCCAUGGGGAGUAGUCCCAAUAUUGCUUCUGCUGGACUUUCCCACACAGAUGUUCUUUCAUACACGGAUCAACAUGGUGGUCUGACUAGCUCGUCUCAUCAUCACCACCACCAGGUCCCCUCCAUGUUGAGGCAGGUAAGGGAUAGCACAAUGUUAGACCUUCAAGCCCAGCUCAAGGAACUUCAGAGAGAGAAUGACCUCCUCCGGAAAGAGCUAGACAUCAAGGACAGCAAGUUGGGAUCUUCCAUGAACAGUAUCAAGACCUUCUGGAGCCCUGAGCUCAAGAAGGAGAGAGUCUUGAGGAAAGAAGAGGCAGCCCGAAUGUCUGUCCUCAAGGAGCAGAUGAGGGUUUCCCAUGAAGAAAAUCAGCACCUGCAGUUGACAAUCCAAGCCCUUCAGGAUGAGCUUCGAACCCAGAGAGACCUCAAUCACCUCCUGCAGCAAGAGAGUGGCAACCGUGGAGCCGAGCACUUCACCAUUGAGCUGACUGAAGAGAACUUCCGGCGGCUCCAAGCUGAGCAUGACAGACAAGCUAAGGAGCUGUUCCUUUUAAGGAAGACCUUGGAGGAAAUGGAGUUGAGAAUUGAAACACAGAAACAGACCCUCAACGCCCGAGACGAGUCUAUUAAAAAGCUUCUUGAGAUGUUGCAAAGUAAAGGUUUGCCUUCUAAAAGUCUUGAGGAUGACAAUGAGCGGACACGGCGGAUGGCAGAGGCUGAGUCUCAAGUCAGCCACUUGGAAGUGAUUUUAGAUCAGAAAGAAAAGGAAAACAUACAUCUUAGAGAGGAAUUGCACCGAAGAAGCCAACUUCAGCCGGAGCCAGCCAAGACGAAGGCUCUCCAGACUGUCAUUGAAAUGAAGGACACAAAAAUUGCUUCAUUAGAGCGAAACAUAAGGGAUCUGGAGGAUGAGAUCCAGAUGCUAAAAGCCAAUGGUGUGCUGAACACUGAGGACCGUGAAGAAGAGAUCAAACAAAUAGAGGUUUACAAAAGUCACUCCAAGUUCAUGAAAACCAAGAUUGAUCAGCUGAAGCAGGAGCUUUCAAAGAAGGAGUCAGAACUUCUUGCCUUACAAACAAAGCUUGAAACCCUUAGCAAUCAAAAUUCAGAUUGCAAGCAACACAUUGAAGUGCUUAAAGAGUCGCUUACUGCCAAAGAACAGAGGGCUGCCAUCCUUCAGACUGAGGUAGAUGCACUGAGAUUACGCCUGGAAGAGAAAGAGUCUUUUCUCAAUAAAAAAACAAAACAGCUGCAGGACCUCACAGAAGAGAAAGGGACACUGGCUGGAGAGAUUCGAGACAUGAAAGAUAUGUUAGAAGUGAAGGAAAGAAAAAUCAAUGUUCUUCAGAAGAAGAUUGAAAACUUGCAAGAACAGCUUAGGGAUAAAGACAAGCAACUAACCAAUCUGAAAGACAGAGUAAAGUCCUUGCAGACAGAUUCUAGUAACACGGAUACUGCGCUAGCAACACUAGAAGAGGCUUUGUCAGAAAAGGAGAGAAUAAUUGAGCGUUUGAAAGAACAGCGGGAGAGAGAUGAUCGAGAAAGAUUGGAAGAAAUCGAAUCUUUCCGAAAAGAGAACAAAGACCUGAAAGAGAAGGUCAAUGCUUUACAAGCUGAACUGACUGAAAAAGAGUCUAGUUUAAUUGACCUCAAGGAACAUGCAUCUUCAUUAGCCUCAGCAGGACUGAAAAGGGACUCCAAAUUAAAAUCUCUGGAAAUAGCCAUUGAACAAAAGAAAGAAGAAUGUAGCAAAUUGGAAGCACAGUUAAAAAAGCAAGCUGAGCAGUUGUUCAAUCAGAUGUACAACCCAGCUCAUAAUAUUGAAGAUGACUCCAGGAUGAACCCUGAGUUUGCAGACCGGAUAAAACAACUUGAUAAAGAGGCAUCUUACUACCGUGAUGAGUGUGGCAAGGCCCAAGCGGAAGUCGACCGGUUGCUGGAGAUCCUCAAGGAGGUGGAGAAUGAAAAGAAUGACAAGGACAAGAAGAUUGCAGAACUUGAGAGCUUGACUCUCAGGCACAUGAAGGAUCAGAAUAAAAAGGUGGCCAACCUCAAGCACAACCAACAGUUGGAAAAGAAGAAGAAUGCCCAGUUACUGGAAGAAGUCCGCAGGCGAGAAGAUAGCAUGGCUGAUAACUCACAGCACUUGCAGAUAGAGGAACUGAUGAAUGCAUUGGAGAAGACCAGACAGGAACUAGAUGCCACCAAGGCACGCCUAGCCUCUACACAGCAGUCCCUGGCUGAAAAAGAAGCCCAUUUGGCUAACCUCCGAAUAGAAAGGAGAAAACAACUGGAGGAGAUCCUGGAGAUGAAACAAGAAGCACUGCUUGCAGCAAUCAGUGAAAAAGAUGCAAAUAUUGCCUUGCUGGAAUUGUCUGCUUCCAAAAAGAAAAAGACACAGGAAGAAGUCAUGGCUCUCAAGCGGGAAAAAGAUCGACUCGUGCAUCAGUUAAAGCAGCAGGUAUAUAGACCUAGGAAACAGCCCCUGAGCUCGAAUAUACCAUGCACUUGUGAUGCUGGCUACAGCCCAGAUAUUACGGCCAAGUACCACGGGUCCAGCUACGAUGCAUACAUGAUCCAAAGGUCUCAGACCCAGAACAGAAUGAAGCUGAUGGCAGACAACUAUGAUGAGGACCACCACCAUUACCACCACCACCACCACCACCACCACCACCGAUCUCCUGGGAGGCCACAACAUUCCAAUCACAGGCCCUCUCCCGACCAGCUAUCAGAAGAGCAGACUAAAGGGGAAACGCAGCUCUGCAGCAACAUUCUGAUAAUCUACUGCAGCGUGGCUCACGUCACUGGCCAUCACCACCUGGAACGCUCAUCAGGCCUGGAAGAGGAGCUUUCAUUUCCAUUAUGGCGCACAGUUCUGUUCGACUUGAUAUUUCCUUCAUCAUCUCAUUGUCAUUCCUCAUGGAUUCAGAUAUGUUGGACAGGAAGAAAGAGGAGGAGGAGAAAAAUGACAGACCCUCCUUUUUGUCAGGAUUUGGGCAUUUAAAACGUGAUCAUCUCUUCUGAAGGUCAUUAUUUGAUAAAUUUUAUUUAUGUUACUUAAACAUCGUUGGAUACAUUUGAGCUCCAUGGGAUUUUAGCUGUGGAGUCCGCUUCUGUUGGACAACUAGCUUCACCUCCAGUAUUUCUGCUGGUUCCGCUUAAGUGGUCAUUCCUAAUGCGUUAGAUUAUCAAAAAGUGUAAAUCCUGUGCGUGAGUGGUGUUGGCAGUGUUUGUAUACCAAGAUGCAUGGAGCGUUUGACAAAGAAAGCAAAACACCAAAAACGGCAAGCCUUUACCCUCCUCUAUUUCUUUAAUCCGCUGUUUGAAGAACCGCGUUUUGAUGGUGUAACCAGUAGUUACCUCUGGGCCAGGUUGGAAAUGAAAUCAAUUUUUUAAACCACUAAUACUUGCCAAGAAAUCGCCUUACGAGAACAUGGUGUGUGUCUUUGACAAUGCAUGGCACAUCUAAAUUGAUCUUUCGUAAUUUUAUCUGCCCCGGUUUUGUACCGGAGAGUGGCAAAAGCCUGAGGCACCUACAUAUUUCUAUUCUGUGUGUUCCACACAUCUCCAUGGCUGGGAUGAGCCCAAGCCUCAGACUCUUCCCAUUCCCGUACAUGCAGGUCUCCAUGAAGAAGCUGGGACUCAUUCACAUUUCAAGAUCCAAAUGCUGUGCAAACAGUGUAAGCUUGAAGGGUCAUUUCUCAUUUUUUAAAAAAUGUCUCCAACGUGGAUUCCAAAGCAUUUUCAGCAUCCAACAUGAAAGCAUUGAUGAAUGAGGAAUAAUCACAAAAGCUGUGUAUCUGUAUAUAGCUCUACACAACAUGUCUGUGGGUACAGCGUCAUUAUUUAAAGCACAUGCCAGGGAAAGAGACCAAAUUUUAAGGUCUUUUACAUACAGUGACAUGGUACUAAGGAGAAUUUAACUCCUACUGCUUCCUCUGAAGAUUAAAAAAUAACUAAAGUUGUUAUAACUUCAUGAAACUCAUGACCAGUCUGGCAAAUAUGUGCAACUCUCGUAUCGAUCCACUUUCUCGUCAAUGGAAGAAACCCUUCCACAUGUAUGCAAGUGGGAAAUGAAAAUCUGCAUUCUUAAAAGGAUAAACAGUGAAGUUAAGCAUGAGUGGCCUUAAUAAAUACAGUUGUCUUUCUUUGCUGCUGUGGAAAGGAUUCUACACAGGUGUUCCUGAAGUCUUGCAUUGCAUUCAGUCGUUAUUAUUACUUUUCCAAGUGUUGGUGCAAUUAACUCUGGACCUCUCCCGUGAGCCAUAGAGGUAUUUAAAAGACAGACACCUUACUUGUCGGGGAACAUGAAUCUGUGUCUGACUUGCACUGUUCAUCCUUGGUGCAUUAGGAGUAAUAUAUUCAAGCAGGUUUCUCGCUUCUGGCUUUGUUCUUGUCGUCAGUAAGUAUAGCGAACUAUGUAAAGCUUUUGUGUUGCAUAAACAAUCCAAAUACAUUCACGUUUAAAAAGUUUGUCCUUUAACUAUCAAAGGGACUUAGGUUUCCAUUGGAGAAAUGAGCAGAGUUCUUUGCAAGCACAUACAGCACAUUUCGACAUCAGGUCACACUGCAAACCGAGGCCGCAAGUGCGUCCCCGUGAACAAUUUGGAUGUCCUCAGGUAGGCGGCCCCCACUGCCUCCUACAGCGGGAUCCUCACCUGAACUCUGCAACUGAAUACUUGAAGUAGGAAGUAGGAGAUACACAAGGGAAAUUAGGGUCCUCAAAGCAGAAAAAGCAACCAAUCGUGUAUAGUUAGCGAUUUCUAAGUACGUGCCAAUUCUGUCACAGCUGUUGUUUUGGGGAUCAUUUUUUUGCCCCACUUUUGUUGGAUUAAAGUAUUACCAACCUUACCAUUAGGGGGCAUCUUCUUUAGUCCCCUAAAAAUUCAAUCCCGUCGAACAUAGCGUCUUUUCCCAUCUCAUGUACUAUUCUCCGAUGUUGGGGGGAGGGUUACCAAAAAAAUUUCCUUUUCACAUCUUAAAAAUAGUCUCUGGGUUUACAACAAACACUGUGAUGUCGGGAAGAUAUUUCCUUUGCGCAAACGUUAGCAGGCACCCCUCUAAUCAUAACGAAGUUGAAAAAAAAGUUGAGGCUGACAUUUAGGAGAAGUUGGUCUUCUCUCUGUGCAAAAGCAGGCUUGUACCUUAUACCCCAUUUGAUUUUGAUGUACAGUCUCAAUUUUGUAUUUAAUGAUUUUUGUGUAUCCAGUAUGCACGUUAACAGCGUGUCAACUUUCAUUUGAAAGUGGGUUUCCAUUUACUUUUUAAACAGUGUUUCUGAUGAGACCUCCAACGUGUUGUCAUAAGCUCUAUCUGAGAUGUUUUUGUGUAGAGUGGCGUUUGAAUGCUGCCAGGGGUCAGUGUAUCUAAUUCCCAGAGACCCUCGUUUGAUAGUGCUUCUUGUAAUUUUUCUUCAAGUGAGUGGCAUGUGGGUUGUGAAUAUUGACCAUGUGAUUAUGGACUUCGAUAUGAAAACAAUAAAUAAAACUAAGGAACCCUCAGAAACUACCAGUGGGCAUGUAUUAGCCAGUCAUCGUAACCUCGUGUCUAGUAGAACAACAUACAAGGUAUGUACAGUUCAUAAAUUUGUUAUCAUGUGUAUGAGAAGUACUUUGUGCUGAUCGCCUUAUUUAUAUUCAUCAAAUAAACUUUGUUUCUUUCUGAA